AUCUCCCUCGGAAUGAAAUGGCCAUUGUGAAGCAACACCAUAAAAUUACAGUCAACCCACGAUCCAACUGCCUCCUUCUCGAUCGCCCUCGCAGCUGAAGCGAUUAAUAACACACAAGUAGAAGGAGAGAGCGCGAGAGAGGGCGAGAAAGAGACCGAAGAGAUGUCGUUGGAGUUCGAUGCCUUCGGCAACGACGUCGAGGAGGAGGAGGCGGUGGGGCCGGGUUCCGCCGCCGCCCGCCCCUUCGACGACGGAUACCUCGGCUACGACCCCGGCCUCUCCUCCCAACGCUACGAGGAUUACUCCUCCUUCGCCGCCGACGAGGACGUCAAGGAUCCAGUCGACGAUAACCUCCCCCCCGCCUCCGCCGGGUUUCCCAGCGACAUGUCCGGCGGCGGUGGAGGAGAGUACGGGUUCCACCCCGUGGAUGCCCCCGUCCACCACCACCACGGGGGCGGCGGGAGCAUGCCGGAUUCGCCGGAGGGGUAUGGCUUCUCGUCCGCGCCGUCCGCGUUCGCGAUGCCAGAGGCCGAGGUAAAGGCCUAUGGGGCGGAGGAGAACGGCGAGAUCUUCACCUCGGACGGGCCGAUCCUUCCUGAACCGGACCAGAUGCGGGAGGAGGGGUUCCUCCUCCGCGAGUGGCGCCGCCAAAAUACUAUGCAACUUGAGGAGAAAGAGAGAAAGGAGAAAGAACGUCGAAAUGAGAUUAUUUCUGAAGCUGAAGAAUACAAGCGUGCUUUUUAUGAGAAGAGGAAGUUGAACUGUGAAACAAACAAGACACAGAACAGAGAAAGAGAAAAGCUAUAUUUGGCCAACCAGGAAAAGUUCCACGCAAAUGCAGAUAAACAGUAUUGGAAAGCAAUUGCGGAGCUUGUCCCUCAUGAGAUAGCCAACAUCGAAAAGAGGAGAGGAAAAAAAGAGCAGGAUAAGAAGCCUUCAAUCACUGUGAUCCAGGGUCCUAAACCUGGGAAGCCCACUGAUCUUUCCAGGAUGCGCCAGCUAUUGGUGAAGCUGAAGCAUACUCCCCCACCGCACAUGAAGCCACCACCACCACCUGCACCGGAACCAGCCAAGGAUGUCAAAGAUGGUGCUGCUGCUGCUGCUGCGGCUAAACAAACCUCAUCACCAGCCAAGGAUGCCAACGACGGUGCUGCUGCUGCAGGAAAACAACCCUCAUCACCGGCUAAGGAUGCCAAAGCUAAUGGAACCACUGCCUCACCAAAGGAAGAGAGCCCCAAGUUAGAAGAGCAAGCAGACAAAGCGCCAGCACCGACCCCCGAUGCUUGAAUCCAUAAAAUUGCAUUGACUUAACCUAUCUGGCUAGAACUGUUGAUUUCAUCCUCUAGAAUAAGGUGUCAACGUUCAAUCUGGUUCAAUCUGCUCUUAAUUCUUCCAGUUGAUGGACCCUCAUGUUAUGAUUGGGUCAUUGAAAUUUGCUUAGCAGCAUAAGAACAUUAUAUCUUUUUAUUUUACUUAACGGGUUGUAAUAUUUUUUUAUCCGUUGGACAUCUUGGGGCUGACGGGAUGCUUGAACUUUUGAUUAUUAGUUCUUGUGCCUCAAAUUGAUGGGCAUGAACUUUUAA